UGGCAUCUAGAAGAGGGGGAGGAAGGCCCAAACACUGUAAGUAAUCCAGGCUUGGGUUGGAAAACAAGGUUGAAGUUACUCAUUAGCAGGUGAAAGGGUCAAGGGUCAAGGCAAGGGGGCUGGAAGCCGAGUGGACUGAGUAACUAGCAGGGGGAGAGAGCAGUUAAGGCACCAGCCACUUCACGAAGAGCACCAGCUCCCUCCUGCCUGAAGAUGUUCUACCAAAUAUGGGCAGCUCUAUUCUACCUCUAUGGUAUUCUCCUUAACUCCAUCUACCAGUGCCCUGAGUUCAGUCAACUGACAACUCAGGGAGUGGAUGGGAAAGAGUUCCCAGAGCCACACCUGGGCCGGUGGUACUUUAUCGCAGGGGCAGCUCCCACCAAGGAGGAAUUGGCGACUUUUGACCCUGUGGACAACAUUGUUUUCAACAUGGCUUCAGGCUCUGCCCCCACACAGCUCCAGCUUCGUGCUGCCAUCCGCACGAAAAAUGGGCUCUGUGUGCCCCGGAAAUGGAUCUACCACCUGACUGAGGGGAGCACAGAUCUCAGAACUGAAGGGCGCCCAGACAUGAAGACCAAGCUCUUCUCCAGCUCAUGCCCAGGUGGAAUCAUGCUGAAAGAGUCAGGCCAGGGUUAUCAGCGCUUCCUCCUCUACAAUCGCUCACCACACCCUCCUGAGAAGUGUGUGGAGGAAUUUCAGUCCCUGACCUCCUGUUUGGACUCCAAAGCCUUCUUACUGACUCCCAGGAAUCAAGAGGCCUGUGCGCUUUCCAGUGACUGACCUGUGGCUUCAUCUGUGCCCCAGAUGGAUAUGGUGGGAGCUGCAGUUGUGCUGCAGGGAGAAGCUGGAGACUCCCAGCUCCCUUUCAAGAGUAAUAAAGAUGGUUUUUCAAUCCUCA